AACUUUAGGAGAGAUAGAGAUCAAAGGGAUGGAAAUGAGUGAAAUUGUGUUUUCUCUUGAGGACAAGAGCAUCUUGGUCACUGGCUCAACUGGUUUUCUAGCAAAGUUGUUUGUGGAGAAGAUGCUAAGACUGCAACCUAUGGUGAAGAAGCUUUUCCUCUUGGUGAGAGCUAAAGAUGCCACCUCAGCUAGGAGAAGAGUGGAAGAUGAGAUUGCCUCCAAGGAAUUAUUUAAACUUUUAAAAGAGAAAUAUAAAGAAUCAUUUGAGUUAUUCUUUUGGAGUAAGGUGACAGUUGUGGUAGGUGAUACAACUUCAGAAAAUUUAGGUAUAAGCGAUGGCAACCUUAUCAAUGUUUUAUGGAGGGAAAUUGAUUUCAUUGUGCAUUCAGCAGCAACGACAAGAUUCAAUGAAAGGUAUGAUGUUGCACUGAAUAUCAACACAUUUGGAGCAAGAAAUAUCAUGCUAUUUGCAAAGAAAUGUGUGAGACUUAGGAUGCUUCUUCACAUUUCCACAGCUUAUGUCACUAAGGAAAUGGAGGGAAUUAUAACUGAAAAGUUGAUGGAAUUGGAUGAAUUACUACUACCAAAAGCAGAGAAAGAGGCUGAAUUAAUAGAGAAAAAUAUGCAAGAAUUAAAAAAUACAUGUGCUUCAAAUAAAACAAUAAUGUUUUUCAUGAAGGAGCUUGGCAUGAAAAGGGCUAAUAAAUUUGGAUGGCCAAAUGUUUAUUCAUUCACAAAAGCAAUGGGAGAAUUACAAGUAGCUAAACUCAGGGGAAGCUUUCCGGUUACUAUACUACGUCCGACUAUUAUAUUAAGUACUUAUAAAGAACCUUUUCCUGGUUGGAUUGAAGGUGUAAGAACAAUGGAUAAGAUUAUCAUCUCUUAUGCAAAUGGUGAAAUAGCUUGCAUUCCUGCAAAUCUUGAUGCAACAAUGGAUGUAAUCCCAGGAGACAUGGUGGUGAAUGCAAUGUUUGCUAGCAUGACAAGUGAUUAUGACCCAAACUUGAUUCCUAUUUAUCAUGUUGGAUCCUCAUCAAGAAACCUAUUAAAGUUCAGCAUGAUCUCUGAUACAACUUACAAGUACCUCUCCAUUCAUCCCUUCACAGCAAAAGAUGGGCAGCUCAUUACUGUUAGAAAACCAUUUUUCUUCUCCAACAUGUUUCCAUUCUUCAUUUACAUGGUUUUGAUCUACAAAUUACCAAUAAAGGUUUUACUAAUAGUAGCUACAUUGCUCUGCUCACAAAGAUUGAAGAACAAAUACAAUAAACACAACCAAGCAUUCAACAACAUCAUGCUAAUGGUCAAAGCAUACAAUCCAUAUACUCAUAUGCUUGGAAGGUUCGACAAUACAAAUACCGAAAUUCUGAGGAUGAAGAUGAACAGCAAAGAUACGGAAAUGUUCAGUUUUGAUCCGAAACCCAUCAAUUGGGUUCAGUUCUUGAUGGACAUUCACAUCCCUGGGCUCAUCAAGUAUGGAUUAAAUUAAUACGAAUGUGAACAAUUUGGCACAA